ACCAGCCAAAGCCCACACACAGCCCACCGCCGCGCCGCACCCGCACACGCGGCCGGUCGCGCCGCCGCCGAGGCAUGGAGCCCCCGGCGAGCCGCCGGCCGGACCCGUCGCCGUGGACGCAGCAGAAGGUCCCGUCCUUUAACCCGCUGCUCACGCCGAAAAACAUCAUGGCGGCGCUCUUCGCCAUGGGCGCCGUGUCCAUCACCAUCGGGUUGAGCAUCCGGUCCGUGCAGGCGGACCAGAUCUUCCAGCAGAAGGAGCAGUACGACGGCGACGGCACGCCGGACCGCAACGCGGCGUGCAAGAUCAAGGAGGCGAACGCGGGCACCGAGUGCGAGAUCUCGAUCGCGAUCAAGGACAAGAUGGAGUCGCCCGUCUACGUCUACUACGAGCUCGAGAACUUCUACCAGAACCACCAGCGCUACCUCGCGUCCCUCGACAGCGACCAGCUCACCGGCGAGAACCUCAAGAAGGACGAUUUGAGCACGUGCUCGCCGCUCAAGUCCAACGGCUCCAAGACGCUGAACCCCUGCGGCGUCAUCGCGAACUCGCUCUUCAACGACGUCAUUUCCCUCAGCGACGCCACGGAGCUCGCGCACGGCAUCUCCAUGCGCGAGAACCACCUCGCGUGGAAGUCGGACCUGAACGACAAGUUCAAGCAGCCCGACGGCUUCGACCCCAUCGUCGGCGUCAAGAACGAGCACUUCGUCGUCUGGAUGCGCCUCGCGGGCCUCGCGGAGUUCAAGAAGCUCUACGGCCGCAUCACGGACACGCUCCACGACGGCUGGACGCUCACCUUCACCGUGACGAACAACUUCAACGUCAAGAGCUUCAACGGCAAGAAGUACCUCGUCGUCUCCACCGUGUCGCCCCUCGGCGCGAACGUCAAGGCCCUCUGGAUGGCCUUCACGUACUUCGGCGUCGCCGCGUGCCUCUGCGCGCUCUUUUUCCUCGCCAAGGCCCACGUGAGCCCGAGGAAACUCGGCGACACGGCCUACCUGCGAGCAGGCUAGGGGCGGGGGCGGCGUAAGCGCGCUGGU